GUGAAACCACCCUCCACGGACAACUCAGACAGAACACUAAGUGAUCUUAUUGGAAGUGCAAGUGGCGACGUGAACGAUGGAUUUGCGCUACCGAAUAUCCUUGUUCAUAAUCUUGGCGUGUGUGUGCUGCGCCGAGGCGUACACCUGCACGGCCGCCGGGCGGUUCGCCGCCACCAGCUGCCGCCAGUACUACCUGUGCGUGGCCACGACCAGUGGCUACACCGCAUACCUGUACACCUGCCCCGGCAGCUCCACCUUCAACACCGCCACCAGCCUCUGCUCCACCGCCAGCACCACCUGCUCCACCGCCAGCACCGCCUCGACCACCGCGGCCACGACCACGACGACCGCGGCGGCCUACACGUGCACCGCGUCCGGCCGCUACGCCGUCUCGGGCAACUGCCGCCAGUACUACCUGUGCGUGGCAACGACCAGCGGCUACACCGCAUACCUGUACACCUGCCCCGGCAGCUCCAGGUUCAACUCGGCCACCGGGCUGUGCACCACGGCCGCCGUCUCGUGCUCCACCUCAACCACCUCAACCACCUCCACCACCUCCACCACAACUUCCACCACCACCUCCACCACGACUCCGUCCACCACGACCGCCGCCUGCACCAGCUCGGGCUUCACCUGCGCCAGCAACUCGACCUUCUACGCGUGCGUGGACGGCACGCCGUCCGGCGACGCGGAGAGCUGCGCCACGGGGCUCUACUGCAGCAACAGCUGCAGCUACGAGUGCUCCUCCUCGGUCAGCUGCUGAGCUCUACUCUGGCCAGAUACCGCAUUUGUUCUCUGGAGCCGAACCAACUGAUGUGUAACCUGUAAUCUGGCGGUUAAGGGAAUAAAAAACAUAUGCACUGA